CAUGCUGCUGCCAGGUCCAGAGUCUCUCAUGGGUCCCUGUACGGCCUCCCAUUGCUGCUGUCCUCCAUCGCCACACUCUGCCAUGUGCCACUUUCAGGUCUCCUCACACACUGCUGGUGUGUGUUCCAAUUUUUUGUCAUAGGUGCUGGCAGAUUACGGGCCUCCCAUAGCUGCUGCCAGGCCUGUAAUCUGCCAUGGGCCCCCUGUACCCGCCUCCUCAUGCUGCUGCCAGGUCCAGAGUCUCUCAUGGGUCCCUGUACGGCCUCCCAUUGCUGCUGUCUCCAUCGCCACACUCUGCCAUGUGCCACUUUCAGGUCUCCUCACACACUGCUGGUGUGUUUCCAUUUUUUUGUC